AGUCGGACAUUGGAACAGAAGCUACUCAGGGACUAACACAGCAAGGAGAUCAGCUGAAGGAAAAAGAAAAAGGGGUAUGAGAGCCGCCAGAAUCCGCUCCAAUCCUGCUCUCCUCACGGCUCGGUCCGACUGACAACCCCCGGAUCAGCAGCGCCGCGCACCCAUCUCUCAAUAAUUUCUCAUUUUGGCGAGUUCACAGCCAUUGGCCAUGGAGCUGAGGGUGGGAAAUAAAUACCGCCUUGGGAGGAAGAUUGGGAGCGGCUCUUUUGGAGACAUUUACCUGGGUGCCAACAUUGCAACAGGGGAGGAGGUAGCCAUUAAACUGGAGUGUGUGAAGACCAAACACCCACAGCUGCACAUCGAGAGCAAGUUCUACAAGAUGAUGCAGGGAGGAGUUGGCAUUCCUUCGAUAAAGUGGUGCGGGGCAGAGGGAGACUACAACGUGAUGGUUAUGGAGCUGCUGGGGCCAAGCCUGGAGGACCUCUUCAACUUCUGCUCCCGCAAGUUCAGCCUGAAGACCGUGCUGCUGCUGGCUGAUCAGAUGAUCAGCCGUAUUGAAUACAUCCACUCAAAGAACUUCAUCCACCGUGACGUCAAGCCCGAUAACUUCCUGAUGGGCCUGGGGAAGAAGGGCAACCUGGUCUACAUCAUCGACUUUGGGCUGGCCAAGAAGUACCGCGAUGCCCGCACUCACCAGCACAUCCCUUACAGGGAGAACAAGAACCUGACGGGCACCGCCCGCUACGCCUCCAUCAACACCCACCUGGGCAUCGAACAGUCGCGGCGUGAUGACCUGGAGUCCCUGGGAUAUGUCCUAAUGUACUUCAACCUGGGCUCCUUGCCCUGGCAGGGCCUGAAGGCCGCCACCAAGAGGCAGAAGUAUGAGCGCAUCAGCGAGAAGAAGAUGUCCACUCCCAUCGAGGUGCUCUGUAAAGGCUACCCCUCCGAGUUCUCCACCUACCUGAAUUUCUGCCGCUCCCUGCGCUUUGAUGACAAGCCGGAUUACUCGUACCUGCGGCAGCUCUUCAGGAACCUCUUCCACAGACAGGGCUUCUCCUACGACUACGUGUUCGACUGGAAUAUGCUCAAAUUUGGAGCCAGCAGAACCGCAGAAGAUGGUGAGAGGGAUCGGAGGGGUGGAGCAGAGGAGAGGGACGAGAGGAUUGUGGGCGGCCCACGCGGGUCGGCAGCUCGCGCCCUGCCACCCGGCCCAAACCCCCCGGCCCCCAACCGGGUGAGGAACGGACCAGAGGCCGCCAUCUCCACGCCAGCUUCUCGAGUACAGCAGUCGGGAAACACGUCUCCUCGGGCGAUCUCUCGUGCAGAGCGGGAGAGGAAGGUGAGCAUGAGGCUGCACCGGGGCGCCCCCGCCAACGUCUCCUCCUCUGACCUCACGGCCCGGCACGACCGCAUCUCCACAUCGCAGGUCAGCAUGCCAUUUGAGCACCUGGGGAAAUGAGUCCUGCAGCUCCUCUCUCACCCUCUGCUCACAGACAGUGUUGCUGCCAUCGCAGGGCUUCAAGAUGAACCUCCCCCUCCAGAUUUCUCUUUUUCUUUGUUUGUUUUUAAUGCCAAUAGGACAGAGAAUGCAGGAUUGAAAGAAAGGCGAGAAGUGAAAUGCAAGAAGAAAAGCGUGAAAGUCAUUGUUCUGUAACUGAGUGCCCGGGGUUAGCGCUUUGUCUCCGUCCGAGAGCUUUCGUCUGAAAGAUGAAGCCUGAGGAAUAGAUGUCCGUGUCCACCGUCGAGUAACUCCAACCUCCUGUCCCCCUGCCAGACACCUGUAGGUGUGGUUACAGAUGUGACACCGUGGCGUAUUGGUGUAACCAAAUGAGGUCCAUUUGCUAAACGCAGAAUGCAACCCUUAACAAUGCAUAGAGCAGCAUUAAGUUACCGGUUUUGCAUUAUUUCAUACGCGUUAAUGGCUAUGGUCUGGCAAAGAAUAACUUGUGGAUAAUUUAGACUCCACAAACGCUAUAUUUUACUGUGCUUUUUCUGAUGUAUGAACUUUACAGUAUGCAAAAAAAGGUCAAUUAGAAAUUCAUGGUGUAGGAAUAUACUCAAAUAUAGUGACUUGUUUCUAGAAAUCAUCAACACAGAAGUUGCUUUGGGUGGGACUGUAAUGAUUGGUUCCUUUUUAUAUUUUUUAUUUGCAAGAGCAAAGCGAGUUGGAGAGAGAGAGAGACAAAGUAAGCGUGAGAGAUGGUCAGAAACCGAAAUUGAGUGAAGGACUGAAAGAAGGAUGAGUGUGAACCGUUCAGUAGCAAAAGUCAUCGGAGAGGAGCAUGAAAGCGUCACCCUUUCCUGUCUUUUACUCAUGUCUUACUGCAAUACCUCUUAUUUGCUUUUUAUGUGCUUUUGUAUUUUAUUUUAAGCAAGUCUGCCAGGGAAAUGGUGACCACAACAUUAAGUAGGAAUCAAACGGGAGAAAGAGUGAGAGAUUUAUGAUAUUAUAACAUCCAUUCUCUCUCUCUCUCUGUCUCCCUCAGUCCAUCCUAUGUACAUGCCAUUUUUCUUCUGCUUAUCUCUCCCUUUCUUAGUUUGAGCAUUCCUGGAUUUUAACGAUGGGUAGGUUCACGGGGACUAACGUGCACAUUUUAAAUUCUAACUUGACUGAACCUACUUCAGUGCCACAUCACCCCAAGACUGGGCUUGCAUAUGUAGGCCCUGGGAUUCCAUAACCUAUUUAUUAACAGGAGCUGAAAUGCACCUUCUGCCUGUGAUCAUGGGUAUAAUUCUUCUGAAUGUCUUUUGGUUUCGUUUAUCGUUUGAAUUCUGGAAUUUUA